CCAUUUUAUCACCACCAGAGACGGAUUGGAAGAAAAGAAGGCGAGCUUGAAAGGGCGCUUUCUCGCUCUCUCGUUUAAACAAACUUUAAAAACAAAAAAAACCCCAAAAAAUUCUCUCCAUUACUUUCUCUCAACUCUCAACUCUUUCACUCUCCACACUUCACUUCUCUUCAGGGCUAUUCUUUCUCACCCUUCAAAAAUUCUUUCAUCUAUGGCAGAAGUCAUGAACAUGCCUCACGACUCUGUUGACCGAUCCCCGAAGGCUUCAACCUCCGCCGCCGCCGCCGCCACCUCCGUCGUAACGGAGGACGAUGCAUCAGCACCGCCUCCGCCGCCUCCUCCUCCGUCUCUGCCUCAUCCGCCGUCUCGCGGUAGGAGGGAGAGAGACUCUAGGGAUAGGAGAGACGACAGGGACUUCGAUCGCCCUCCGAACCACCGCCGCGAUUACUACGACCGGAACAUGUCGCCGAGGGAUAGGGAGAGGGACUACAAGCGCCGCCGUAGCCCUAGCCCUAUUCCGCCCCCUUAUCGCGACCGCGACCGCCGCUACUCGCCUCAUCCUCCUCCUCGCCGCUCGCCUCCGCCAUUCAAGCGCUCUCGCCGGGGGAGCCCUCGUGGCGGUUAUGGUCCCGACGAUAGGUUUGGUCAUGAUUAUCUUGGUGGAUAUGAACGUGGGAUGGGAGGAAGACCUGGGUAUGCUGAUGAAAAAUCUCAUGGUCGGUUUAUGAAUCGAUCAACAGGCCCUCAUCAAAAUGGACCUUCUGACAUGGCAUCAAACCGUGGUGGUUUUCCAGAUUCAUCAAACGCAGGGAGCACACAAAGGGAGGGGUUGAUGUCAUAUAAGCAAUUCAUUCAGGAGCUUGAAGAUGAUAUCUUACCUGGUGAAGCUGAGCGUAGGUAUCAAGAAUAUAAAUCAGAGUACAUUUCUACUCAGAAACGAGCUUUCUUUGAGGCUCAUAAAGAUGAGGAAUGGUUGAAAGACAAGUAUCAUCCAACGAAUUUAAUUUCUGUCAUUGAAAGGAGGAAUGAACAAGCUCGACAGAUAGCUAAGGAUUUUUUCCUAGAUUUGCAGAGUGGAACACUUGACCUAAAUCCUGGUGUUAAUGCCUUGUCAUCAAACAAAUCAGGGCCUGCAGUUGAUCAAAAUUCUGAAGAUGAGGCAGAGGCUGGUGGUAAACGAAGAAGACAUGGUAGGGGACCUGUUAAAGAAAAUGAUUUUUCAGCUGCUCCAAAGGCCCACCCUGUCAGUUGCGAGCCUAGACGAAUACAUCUAGAUAUUGAACAAGCUCAGGCCCUUGUACGCAAGCUUGAUUCUGAAAAAGGUAUUGAAGACAAUAUCUUAUGCAGUGUUGAUCAUGACAAAACUGAUGGUGAUAAUAAGUCUCGUGGUGGAUCUGGUGGUCCAAUUAUAAUUAUACGAGGCUUAACAUCUGUUAAGGGUCUAGAGGGUGUCGAGCUUCUGGACACACUUAUCACGUAUCUUUGGCGGAUCCAUGGUCUAGAUUACUAUGGUGUGGUUGAAACUAAUGAAGCCAAGGGUUUUAGGCAUGUAAGGCCGGAAGGAAAGAAUUAUGAAGAAACUACUAAAUCUGGGGCAGACUGGGAAAAGAAACUUGACUCAUUUUGGCAAGAAAGGUUGAGGGGUCAGGAUUGCUUGGAAGUAAUGACUGCUAAGGAGAAGAUAGAUGCUGCAGCUGUUGAAGUUUUAGAUCCAUUCGUUAGGAAAAUAAGAGAUGAAAAGUAUGGAUGGAAGUAUGGCUGUGGAGCUAAGGGCUGCACAAAGCUUUUCCAUGCGUCUGAAUUUGUGCAUAAACAUCUGAAGCUUAAACACCCAGAGGUUGUAAUGGAACUGACUUCAAAAUUGCGUGAGGAUCUAUAUUUCCAAAACUACAUGAAUGAUCCAGAUGCACCAGGUGGAACACCAGUCAUGCAGCAACCUCAGAAGGACAAGCCACAAAGGCGGAGACCAGGUCUGGAAAAUCGAUUGAGAGAUGAUCGUGGCAACCGGAGGGAUCAGGAACGGAUUGACAGGGUUAAUGAUGGUGAAAGGUUUGAUAGGACAGAGAAUUCUCCUUCCCAUGAUCGACAAUCUAAACCUGGUUCCCACGAAGUGGGAAAUCGUGAUGAGUCAAUGUAUGAUGCAUUCAGCGCACAAGGAAUGAGUGCAGUUGCCCCCUUCCCCUCAGAUAUAGCUCCUCCACCAGUAUUAAUGCCUGUGCCUGGUGCUGGCCCUUUGGGACCCUUCGUUCCUGCUCCCCCAGAAGUUGCGAUGCAGAUGUUACGGGACCAGGGAGGGCCAUCCUCAUUUGAUGGCAGUGGUAGAAAGAUGCGGCCUGGUCCUGGUCCUCAUAUUGGAGGGCCAACUCAAAUUCUUGUUCCCCCAUCUUUUAGGCCUGAUCCUCGACGAAUGCGAAGUUAUCAAGAUUUGGAUGCUCCAGAGGAUGAAGUCACUGUGAUAGAUUAUCGGAGUUUGUAAAACCUCCCUAGAAUGGCUGUUCCCUCCCAAUGCACAAAUAGUUGGGCUUCUGCAUCAAAUCAAAAGUAAUUUAUUUUUCCUGACCUUGGCAUUAAGUGUGGGUUAGGUCUGAGCCGUAGUCUCCUAUUUGUACCAAAAGAUUAAAUGGCUAUUGUUAGAAUGGUCUUCUAUUUCGUUACAAUAAGUAAUGGCUUUUGUUUGUCUAGCAUAGCAGACAAUUUUCAGUACAGGAUUUUACCAGAUUUUAGGCCGUUUGAUUUCUUUGAACUUUUUAUGGGCCAUGGCAUCAGGUAAAUUAUGAAUAUUAUAGAUUACUUGAUAGUGUAUUGCACUAGCGGGAUUUGUUGUUGAUCAAUUCAAAUUCAAUUAAAUUUUGUGA